AGAAAUUUCUAUUUGAUCCAGAAACAGAAACAGAAAAUCAAAUACAAAAUGGACGACAAUCUGGAAGGGGAGUUGGAAAUUACCGCCGAUGGCGUACAAAGGAAGCGGCCUUAUGUCAAGAAGUUCGAGAGGCCAGAUUCCGACGAGGACGUCCAGGAUGUGACGAAACUAUUCAAUGUGCAGGAGGCGUGGCGUACGCUGCUCUCACUGCCCACCUGCCAGAAGGUGAUGGUCACCGAGCCAGUGCAGAAGAAGCUGAAAAUUCAGGUCGGCGUGAAUGUUACCCAGGAGUUUCCGUGGAAGCAGGUCAAAUUUAAGGAGCUGCGCGAUAUGCUCUUUGAGAACCUGGAGAAUACAACGGAGUUGUUUAAAAUCUUCAAGGGCUUCAAUCCGGAGCAUUUCAUUCUGAUUGGCUACUGUCCCACACUAACCGAGGGCGAAGAGGAACCAGCCGAGGGCGAUCCUUUCAUCUUCUAUGUGAACAGCAAGGACACAAGGAUGGCCAUGGGGCUCAUCCAAAACAUGGAAGCCUUCGAGCGUUGGCGCAUGCAGCGACGUCUACGAAAGAAGCCCCGUCGCUGGGUCAGCCAGGGCACCGAGGAUGAGAUGAGCAUCAUCGUCGAGCGCUUUAGCGACCAGCCCGUCGAUGUGGAGAUCCAGAGCGUUUAUCCCAUACAACAGCCCCGUCACAUUGCCUUCUCAUAUCGCAUGACGCGCGAUGUGCGCGACGGAGUUGUCGAGCUGCUGCCCAAGGAGGAUAUCAAAUACGACAACGUCGUCAAGCGACGCAUAGCCGUGGCCGUCCAGGUGGCGCCAGCGUGCGUAAACAUUGAGCAGCAAACCAAUCCGACGUUUCCUUCCAACGCCUGGUCGCAAUACCUCUACGAAAUCGAUGACAAUGAUCUGGAGCUGGAUGAGUCGGAAGUCGAGGAGGAGGAAGGCGUCCAAGGCCGGCCAGGCACGGCGGAGCCAAAGCCCAAAGUAAUCCCACAGAUGUCUAGCCAAAUGGAACUGCUCCUAGCCACACUCGACUUCAAUCAGAUCGACUGCUAUCGCUACGACUAUCAGAUGAUCACGAACCGGCAAGUGGUGCACUAUACCAAUCCGUUCUUGGAGGAGUUCAUCUGCUUCGCCAACAUCUCGAAGAGCGACAAGCGAUUUGUGGCCAGCUGUGAUUGGUAUCCGAAGUUGUCCGGCCUAGUUGCUGUCUCGUACGCGUUCAGCACUCCGGUGACAGUUGACCUGGCAACCCAUCAGACGAACUUUGUGCAGCGCGCCGUGCUGGAGCCGAAUCCCGUGUUGCUCUGGAGCUUUGCCGACAAUCUCAACUAUAAGCUGGAGUUUGAGGCACCGUUCGAAAUCACCAAGCUCUCGUUCUGUCCCUUUAAUGGCGACAUCUUGUUGGGCGGCUGUCAGAAUGGACAGGUCGUGCUCUGGGAUCUGCAAGGGCGCUGCGACCACCUGGAGGAGGAGGAGUAUCUAACGCCCGCCCAGGCCAAGUAUCGCACGAUGAUUGGUGAAUAUCUCAACUGGACGCUGGACAUACACGAGGAUGUGGUGGUGGCACCGGCCACAAUUUCGCCACUGGAGCACUCACCCACAGGCGCCAUCACUGGCAUCUACUGGCUGAGCAGGCAUUUCUAUUUGAACAACUUUGGCAAGGUGUUCAACGAUAUGGAUAAGCGCAGUAAUCACAACUUCUUUAUCACUUGCUCCUUCGAUGGAACGGUUAGCUUUUGGAAUCUGGACGGCGAGAGCUCCAAGAAGGAGAAGGAGGCCCAACAACGUAAUAAGAAUCUGCCCAAGGAGCUGACACAGAAUGAAUCGCCCCUCAGGUCCAAGACAAUCAAGCCCACCUAUAGCAUCAGCUACAACGAGCCACUUACUGGUAUUAUAGCAGACACUUCGGUCUUCUCCAUUAAUACGCCGUCACCGAAGUUCAUCUACAGCUCUCCAAACAACUAUCCCAUUUCGAUGGUGGCCAAGAAUCCCCCCGAGCUGCGCCAAUCCCUCAUCCUGUCCACCUACUAUGGUCAUAUAAUACGCGUGGAGUGGCAGGGCAUGUACAGCGAGGCUGGUUCCAAGGAGCAGGUGAAUGCCUCCAUUAAUUUUGCAAUGGUGCACGAUGGACCCGUCGUGGCCAUGAGCAAGAAUCCCUUCUAUCCGGAGCUAUUUGCUUCGAUAGGACGCACGGUGUUUGCCUUGUGGAAGGAGGACUAUCAUGAUUCGCCCAUUAUAUGGCGUAAGCGUCCUUGUGAUCUGACCUCUGUAGCAUGGAGUGAGACGCGUCCAGCUGUUCUGUACAUUACACGAAUUGAUGGUAUUUUAGAAGCUUGGGAUAUAUUGGCUCGGGAUGAUGACGCCGUUCUCAGUGAGGUCCUAGGUGGUGGCAUCAUCACAGCCGUCACGGAGCAUCGGCCUUUGCUACCCAACAAGAUUCUAGGCAUAGGCGACUACAAUAGCAGCAUACGCAUGGUCAAGCUGCCUCACAGCUUCGAUACGCCGCUGGACAAUGAAUUAGAAAAACUGAUGAAAUAUGUGCUAAGGCAAAUCACGCGCAAAAUGAACAUUCGAGCCUGGGAGCAGAAGUAUUACGAAUUGAACAAGGACAUCAUCGAGGCAAAGCGCGAGGCCGAGGAGGAGGCGCGCAAGGAAAUGGAAAAACAGGAGCGCGAAAUGUUGAAUCCACGUAAACGCAAUUCCGAAGGGGAUGAGGAACAAGUCAAGGUCAAGAGUGGGGCUACCUAUAGCGAGCGCAUGGCUAAAAAGUUUGAUGAACUGAAUUUGAAUCGUAUGAUGACCAUUCUAAUGUCUCGCAAGCAAAUGGAUCCCGAGAAGCUGGCACGUGAGACGGCCUUGGAGAAGGAGCGUCUCAGCUACGAGACGGCCAAAAAGGAGUCCCAUGCCAAGCUGUUGCAGACCGUCGAGGACGAUGUGGCCACCAUUCGCUCUCGCAUCCUGCCUGCCGAGGUGCAGGAUAUGCAGCGCAGCGAGAUGAUAGCGGAGCGUGUUAAAAACGAGAUGGGCCUUGCCGCGUCCUACGAGACCGUCAGCGCGCACGCAUUCAAGAAGCUCAAAAAGUUCCCAGAGCUGAAGUCCAUUGACUACAUUGAGCUGCUCGAGCGUGGGCUGCAUCGGCGCCAGCUGUUGGAUCAAUCACUCGGAGGAAAUACCGAACGUCUGCUCUGGUACAAAGAGAAGUUGCAGAAUGGAGAGAUUUCCCAAUGCGAUUUUGGAGUGGAUCUGCUCUACAACAACCGUAAACUGACUCCGAAACCCAAAGUGCAACCUGUGAUAGAAGUCGACGCACCACCACCACCUGAGGUUACCAAUGUAACAGAGGCACAACCAGAAGAAUAAGAUUAAGUGUAUUUUGUUUCAAUA